AUGAUUGACUUAAGCUUCCUGACCGAUGAGGAACAAGAGGCCAUCCUGAAGGUUCUGCAGCGGGAUGCUGCCCUGAAGAGGGCCGAAGAGGAGAGAGUCAGACAUUUGCCUGAAAAAAUUAAAGAUGAUCAGCAGCUGAAGAAUAUGAGUGGCCAAUGGUUUUAUGAAGCCAAGGCAAAAAGGCACAGAGACAAAAUCCAUGGUGCAGAUAUCAUCAGAGCAUCCAUGCGAAAGAAGAGGCUCCAUGUAGCAGCUGAGCAGAGCAAGGAAAGAGCAAAUGGUGCAAAGGAAAGCUGGGUGAAUAAUGUCAACAAAGAUGCUUUCCUUGCCCCAGAGCUAGCUGGUGUUACAGAAGAGCCAGAAGAAGAUGCAGCACCUGCAAGCCCAAGUUCCACUGUGGUAAAUCCAGCUUCCACUGUGAUUGAUAUGUCCGAGGAAAAUACACGGAAAUCACCUGUUUUAAUAAACAAUAUUUUUCCCCAGCAAAGGAAAAAUCCAUUUAAUAGCUCCAAGUUGCCAGAAGAUCAUUUAUUGCAACAAACAAAAAAUGAACAGUCAAAAAAUGGAAGAGCUGGCUUAUUUCAGACUUCAAAAGAGGGUGAAUUGUCUGAGUCAAAAGAAAAGCCAUCUGUCCCAAAUGUUUCAAGCCAGAAGUUAGAGAAAGCAAAGCAGACUUUGCCAGGCCCUGUGAAUGGGUCCCAAAUCAAGGCUCCAAUCCCCAAAGCCAGGAAAAUGAUCUACAAAUCAAAUGAUCUAAAGCAAGAUGUUAAUCAGUCUUUUCCUGGACAAAGGACAUACCCCCUCAGUGCAAAAGGGGCUCCGAGAGGGAUCCUCAAGCGCAACUCCAGUUCCAGUAGCACAGACUCAGAAACUUUUCGUUUGAAUCACAGCUUUGAACCAAAAAGCAAAAUUGUGUCACCUGGCCUAACUAUUCAUGAGAGAAUUUCUGAGAAGGAGCAUUUGGAAGGUGACUCUCCUCUGAACUCACUGGAGCCACUAAAGCAUGUGAGAUUCUCUGCAGUAAAGGAUGAACUUCCACAGAGUCCUGGGCUAAUUCAUGGUCGGGAAGUGGGAGAAUUUAAUGUUUUAGACUCUGACAGGUUGAAGAAUGCAACGGAAGAUGUAGGGGACAUAGAUGAGUUUCGGAAUGACCCUAAGCCUUCCCAAUAUAGAAAGCCUUUGCCUUUUCCUCAGUCAGCCUCAAGCCCAAGUGUAUCAGAAAAUGAAAUACAUCAGCCAAUGACUUCUGGUUCUUUUCCAACUGAUGGACUCCAUUCUCACUCAGAAGUUCUAACUGCAAGACCACAGUCCACUGAGAAUUUUCCCACCAUCAAUGAACACAAAGCUAAAUUAUCAGAAUUAACAAGACUUGAAUCAGAAUUGUCUAAAAGCCCUGCUGAUGAACUGUCUCAUUGUCUUGAGCCUGAGCCAUCUCAGGUGCCAGAUCGAAGUUCUAGAGACCAUCAGCAAGGUAAGCCCCCUCCUCUCACUGCUCUAAAAGCUGAGAUAUCCUCACGCUCUGGUCCAAAUGCCACUGAGAUGAGGAAGACAACUGAUGAUUCCAUAUCUAAAGUCCUAGACUGGUUUAACCGAAGUUCUCAUUCAGAUGACGGUAACUCAUUCCUCCCACAUCCCGGAAGAAUAGAGCCCAAAGAAAAAACAGACUCAAAAUCACAGGUUGCUAUUGCCUUGGUGACAGAUGAUACCAGUCUAAAAGAAAAUGGCUCAAAGGCCCUAUCAUCUACCAAAGUUGAACUGAAGCCUGUGAGAUCUGAUUCAACGUUCCAGGGAGAAGGAGAUAUGCUGCUUUCUACAAAUUUCCAAGAUAAUGAUGUGAAUAUCAAAUCCAAAUCUAUGAAUUUGUUCCAACAAGACACCCCAAAAGAAAGCCCAGGUAUAUUGCAGCCAUUUGAAAGCUAUGGUAGCCCAAGUCAAGGGAGUGAAAAUAUGGACUACAGACAAGGUUCAAAAAGCAUAAGAGAAAGAAAUGGGGAACUUCCCCCAAUUAGUCACUGUUCCUACAGUGUUCUCAAAGGAUCUGAUUCAGAAGACCAAGUGCCAUGUGACACUAGGAAUACUGGCAGUUUGGGUGAAGAAGAACUGAAGCUUCAUGUUCAUGAAAAAAAUAGAAGAAACUCAGACGUAAAUUCUGACUCUUCAAUAAUCAUCAAAGAACAAAGUUUGAAAGAUGACAUGAAAACAGACAGAAAGAGCAAAGGAAGAAAUACUUACAUCUUGAAAGCUUCCUUAGAGCCAGAGAAUAUUCAGUCACCACCUGGGGCUGCCAACUGUGGGUCUCCUUGGAAGAAACCUGAGGUCCAACUACAAGAAGCUGGUGAGGUUCCCAAGAACCAAGUGCAAAGAGAGAAAUACAAAAGAGUGCGUGACAGGAUAUCCUUUUGGGAAGGAGAGAAAGUUGCUGCUAAGUUAACUCAUAAAGAACCCACACCUUCAUGCAGCUCGGAACAAAUUUCUGCUAAAGUAUAUCAGCCAGUGAAGUCACAGAGUGUGUCCAGGGAUGGUUUAUCUACAGGCCAGAGGGAAUAUAAUCUAGUCACUGCCAAACUAGUGGUCCUAGAUGAGGACGAUCAAGCACCCCAUCUCUCCAGUUAUUAUUCCUCAAAUAGACCUACAGAGACCAGUCCCCAAAUAUUAGGUCUAUCCAAAAACUAUCCUUCAGCUGACCAAUCAGUUAAAGUAUUUCAAAAUAAGAUAAAUGAGCCUGUAAAAAGAUUGCCAGUGGCAGACAAUUUGCAUUCUAGAAGAGACAUUACUUUACCAGCACUGCAACAUCCCUCAAAUGUUGGGAAUGAAAUACAUACCCCUUGGGAGAAAGACAGAUCUCUAAUUGGUGAAUCAAAUGCCAACUUUAAAGUUAUGUCCCUCAAGGAAAGAAUGGAUGAACCCAAUACAGAACAGGUCUACAGUCACUCUCAGUUUGAGAAGGUGAGAACAUUUUGGGACUUAGGAGCUAAUUCAAACAGUAAGUAUAAUGAUGAGAAGAAUACUACCACAACAAGCCAGAAAAAUUCUGUGCCUUUUAAUAGCCAGAAAUACAAGGAAUUCAGUGACAUUAAACCAUCCCAAAAAACUCAUGAAGUAGAGGCACUUCUAAGCCAAAAAAAAGUUAUGGCAAGAGAGGAAAUGGAGAAAUUAAAUUCAAAGUGCAUAUUUCAGGUGCUACCAGAUGAAACCACAUUCUCCUUGAGACCACCCAGGAAUUCAGCUCAUCGGUUGCCAGGAAAUGAAUCAUCAAAUGAAGAUGUGGAAAAGAAUAUGGAAUGGUUUGUUACUCCAGUGUUCACGGAAGAAAAGGAUUACUCAGACCAAGAGAUUCAAGAAUUUAUAGUGAAAACAAGUGUUUUGUCUAAUGACUACAGAGACACUUUUAAUGACAGUUUACAGAAGCUGCUUUCAGAAGCUUCAUCACCAGCAAUCCAAUUUUUUAGUGGAAAAGUUCAUGGGAAAAGAGUGAUUGAACCAGGCGUUUCUGAAAAUAGGAAAUGGUCUCAAAAGAUAGAUUUUAUUGAUACUGAGGAAGAAAUCAAAGGACCUAAGGAGAUCACUAAUGAGCAUGUGGACAAAAUAGUAGCUCCUCCAAAAGUCAACCAGAACACUUUGUCUGCUAGUCUAGACAAACUCCUGAAGGAAGCAACUGGAACUUCACCCUCUCCCUUGCACAGCAAGUUGGAACCCGUUUCCACUAGAACCAACUCUGAGCCUGAAGAUGGUAGAUUUUUUGAAAAAGGGAUAGAACAGAGUCACAAUGCCUCAGCCUAUCACAAAGAGACAAUAGCCCCUUUUCCAGAGGGGGAUGGAACUUUGGGAAAUACAGCUCUCACCCAGAAAGCUGAAAGUGGUGAGUACCAGCUCAGUACAGAGAACUUGCUUCAGAUGGCUGCAGAAGGUUCUCACCCACUGGAUCAGUCUUCCCAUCUUCACAGAAAGGGUUCAUCUGGGAAUGUGAGCAAUUCUCCCCAAGAUAUGCCUUUUUCCCAGGAUGCUCAUCUGGCUGUCCAGGAUAGGGUGGUACUUUCUCAAAGGGAAAUUUCAGAGACUGUAGAGAAAGUCAGUUGUCCACCCAAACCUGCACUGAAUGAUGUAAAUGCUGCAUUACAGAAACUGUGUAGAGAAGCUUGGUUGAGUUAUCCAGCUGGGAGAGAGGAAGGUCCUGGACAGGUGAAAGCAGAAUUUCCUGAAGGAGUUCAGGCAGCAGGUAGCCCCGCAAAUCCUCUGGGAGUGAUCUCACCCUGGGCUACAGUGGACACCAUAGUUCCAGACAGAAAGGAUUUUUAUUCCUUCAAUGUGGUUCUUGAUAAAACUCGUGAAGUUGGAUCUCAUUUAACUGCCCAAAUGUCUCCUUCAGAACAGACCCUUAGCUCAUCUGUCCAUACUGUUGCUCAGCAGGGCAAAGCGCUACCUCAGGAAGUGGCAGAAAUUGGGAGAACAGUUAUUCAACCCAAAUCAGAGUUCCUUGCAUUCAGUGCUGGCUUAGAAAAACUACUGAAGGAAACAACUGAAACCUCCCCUGCAGAACAUGAAAGUGACGUAGGGACUCUUCCUCCAUCAAAGUUAAUAGGUAGUAAUGAGGAGCCCAGGCAAGCUGCUUCUGAAUUUCAUCUUGAGGAAAUAAAAGAAACAGUAGAAAAGGCCGAUGCUCCAUCAAAAACUGAGAGUGCUUUUGAUACUGGUUUUAAGAAACUCCUUAAAGAAACAUUUGAAGCUCCUCCUUAUCAGCUGCAGGUGUCAGUGAAGGAAGAAACUCCUGAGAAGGAGCCUGUGUCACAGUCAGAGCAGGCCAGGUUCUUGGGGACAGUGCCCCAUUUUGACGGGGCAGCCUCAGAGGCCUCUGAAAUGAAGGUUAAAAAUAAUGGUUUGGAAUUUAAAGUUAACCAGUGUGAUAAAGUAUUGGGAGGAGACAAAGCUGUGACUGAUUUAUCAGUUGAUCUUUGUAAUUCUGAAAGUGGAUUUGAGAUCCCUGGAACCCCACAACUUUAUGUGAACCAUAAAAUAGGGACCACUACAACUAUAAAACCCCCAGAAGACAGGGACAGUGAAAGUGAGGUUGCAGGGGCACCAGGGGGUUUUCAGGAACCUGGUUUUGAAGAGACUUCUGAAGCAAUUAGUGUGUCCAGAAAUAGGCAACCCAUUCCUCUGCUGACAAACAAAGAAAACCCUACAAAAAUAAGUAAAGUUGAAUUGAUUCUGGCAUCACCAUAUAAAAAACAAGUGAAAGAGGAAGAAAAAGAAGGUUUCUCUGACUCUGAUAUUUCAGAUGGAAAUACCAGUUCUAAUGCAGAAAGCUGGAGAAAUACCUCCAGUUCAGAAGAACUCAGUCCUGUUUUGAAAACUUUGGAAAGGAGUGCUGCUAGGCAAAUGCCUUCCAAAAGUCUAGAAGACAUUUCAUCAGAUUCAUCAAAUCAAGCAAAAGUAAAUAAUCUGCCAGAAGAAUUAGUACGUAGUGCUGAAGAUGAUCAAAAAGCAGAUCAGGAACCAGAUACAAAUGAAUGCGUACCAGGAAUUUCCACAGUGCCUUCACAACCUGAUAAUCAGUUUUCCCACCCCGACAAACUCAAAAGGAUGAGCAAGUCUGUUCCAGCAUUUCUCCAAGAUGAGAGUGAUGACAGAGAAACAGAUACAACAUCAGAAAGCAGUUACCAGCUCAGCAGACAUAAGAAGAGCCCGAGCUCUUUAACCAAUCUUAGCAGCUCCUCUGGCAUGACGUCCUUGUCUUCUGUGAGUGGCAGUGUGAUGAGUGUUUAUAGUGGAGACUUCGGCAAUCUGGAAGUUAAAGGAAAUAUUCAGUUUGCAAUUGAUUAUGUGGAAUCACUGAAGGAGCUGCAUGUUUUUGUGGCCCAGUGUAAGGACUUAGCAGCAGCAGAUGUUAAAAAACAGCGUUCAGACCCAUAUGUAAAGACCUAUUUGUUACCAGACAAAGGCAAAAUGGGCAAGAAGAAAACACUCAUAGCGAAGAAAACCUUGAAUCCUGUGUAUAACGAGAUCCUGCGGUAUAAAAUUGAAAAGCAAAUCUUAAAGACACAGAAGCUGAACCUGUCCGUUUGGCAUCGGGAUACAUUUAAGCGCAAUAGUUUCCUAGGAGAGGUAGAACUUGAUCUGGAAACAUGGGACUGGGACAACAAACAGAAUAAACAAUUGAGGUGGUACCCUCUGAAGCGGAAGACAGCACCAGUUGCCCUUGAAGUAGAAAACAGAGGUGAAAUGAAGCUAGCUCUGCAGUAUGUCCCAGAGCCAAUCCCUGGUAAAAAGCCUCCUACAACUGGAGAAGUACACAUCUGGGUGAAGGAAUGCCUUGAUUUACCAUUGCUAAGGGGAAACCAUCUAAAUUCUUUUGUUAAAUGUACCAUCCUUCCAGAUACAAGUAGGAAAAGUCGCCAGAAGACGAGAGCUGUAGGGAAAACCACCAAUCCUGUCUUCAACCACACCAUGGUUUAUGAUGGGUUCAGGCCCGAAGAUCUGAUGGAAGCCUGUGUAGAGCUCACUGUCUGGGACCAUUACAAAUUAACCAACCAGUUUUUGGGAGGUCUUCGGAUUGGCUUUGGAACAGGUAAAAGCUAUGGGACUCACGUGGAUUGGAUGGACUCUACAUCAGAAGAAGUUGCUCUCUGGGAGAAGAUGGUAAAUUCCCCCAACACUUGGAUUGAAGCAACGCUGCCUCUCAGAAUGCUUGUGAUUGCCAAGAUUGCCAAAUGAGCCCAAAGUCCACUGGCUUCUCCACUGAAAGCUACUAAACAGGCCGAAUCUGAUCCUGAAAAUUUGACUACAUGGACAAAGAUCCUCACUUUCUAUCUAUUGCCACUAGCAAAUACUACACAGCAUGUUUAAGUCAAUCUGCAUGUGCUGCAUCUUCGAUUACAAGGCCCAAGGAAUAUUAAAUAAUGACAAAAUUUGUAACUUAUUUGUGACUCCAAUAUUAAAGAAGAUAUUUGAGCAAGCUAGGAAAAUUGAACAUUGCUGCUGCUUCAAAGAAAAAAGCUGUCCUAAAAUGUGGGAUAUUGUUAACACGCUGAAUGUUCUAGUUUGCCAUCAUAUAUUUUACAUCACAAUCUUGUGCCACCGUGAAAAGGGCCUGCUACUUGAUUAUCUAAAACCCUUGCAGGAUUUGUGAAUAUGUAGGUUGUGGAAAAAAAACAGAAAGAUACUACUGGUGGAGCGGAGGAAGGAAGAACACCAGUGAUAAUAAAGAAUUUAACCAUAAGGAAGCUAUAUACUCUGUAAUCUUUAAUAAAAUAUGGAAUUCCAUGUUAGGGCAAUGACACUGAAUUUACU